AUCCCAUACAGCGAGCUUUCGCAUGAAGAGAGACCAUACCGCCAUGCUCAGAUUGUGGCCCUCACGAAAGCCGAAAUCCCACAGGAGAAGAUUGAGGAGCAGUGUCUUCCCAAGAGAAAGGAUAUCACCAACCGAUGGUGGAAUACAGCCUCCUACCGCAACAGCCCUCGUUCUGGAUGCCCUCAGAUCCUUUCCAAACGCGAAAAGGACGAGCUCAUCCGCAGCGUUCGCUCAGGGAAGUACAACAACGCUGUGGAAGCUGCUGCUGCCUUCAAUCAUUGUCACCAAAGGGAUGUUUCAGCGUAGACAGUAGGCUUGUUACUCCUGAAAAGCGGAGCGAAGUGUGCUACACAGAAGAAGAAACCGUUUCUGUCGGCGGCGGCUCGGGAAAGGCGUUACCAAUGGGCAAAGGAGCACUUACACUGGAGGAAGGAGGACUGGAUGCGGAUCAUCUACACCAACGAAUCAAAAUUCCAGCGUUCAGGGCCAGGACAUAUUGCAAAGUAGGGAGAACAAAUUCAUUCCUCGGAUGCAAUUUGGAGGUGGGAGUAUCUUCGUAUUUGGUGGAAU